UGAUGUGUCGCACCCAGGGUUGGGCGAGUAUUAUACAUGAUGUAUUGUACAUAGGUAUGUUACAUGGAUAAAACUCUGUAUAAUACAUGCAAUGUUUCAUCAAUGUAUAAUACGUAACCGAGAUGGCGCCACUAUCUACACACUGUGCGCUGUGCGCCUGCGUAGGCAAAUUAACCGACAAUUUUUUUAAAAAUGAGGAAGAACUACUCACUCAGUAACGUCAGACGUCAGUAUUGUCAAUUGUCAGUGUCUUAAAAAAAAUGAAUCGAGGAGGCAGGCCUUCACAUCGGUAUUGGAUUGAAGGGAAUUUCAAAAAAGUUUACGAAAAUAAAAAACUUUUCGCUCUUUGUCAAGUGUGUAACAAAACAAUUCGACAUUCCGCUGAACGCAGGCUUAGAGAUCAUAGAAAAUUUUGUCAAGGUCUGCUUACUGUAGAGAGUGUGGAAGACGAAACCGACGAAAUUGAUGAAAACGUUGCUUUCAAUCCUGCACCCAUUACUACACCUGUUGCUGAGACGAAUGCUAACAACUACAACAACGAUGGAAAUAAAAAAGCUCUGCCGUACAAAAAAAGAAAACGGCUUGAUGCAUUCUUCGAUCGGAUGUCGUUGGUAGAAAAAACAACACUUGACACCAAGCUGAUAAAGUUUUUGUGUGGAUGUCACAUUCCUCUUGAAGUUUUGAAUUCGACACAUUUCAAAAAUUUUAUGACAUUGUUAAGACCAGCCUAUGACGUUCCCUCUACGCAAGAUGUCAACAACAAUCUCUUGAAUUCAGUGUACCAGGAAGUGACGGCACAUUCUUCAACAUCUCAAGAAUCAUCAGAUGGAGUAUUAAUGAUGUCGGAAUUGAUGGGUGAAACUGUGGAUUUGAAAUACGUUCUUGGAAUCGUUCACAGAACACCUCAAGGGGUUUUCCAUCUUAAAAUUUGGUCAAUUCCAAAGAAUGAAACGGACAUAACAGACAUCGUUAAGGAAGCAAUACAAAUAUCCAAGGAGGAAUUCAACGUGAUCAUUUACGCCGUUAUAGCUACUGAUGAUUUUUCCAUUUCAUCGGACCACGACUGUCGUGAGCUUUGGGUUUUUAAAUGCCAAACAACAAUUGUUGAGAAAAUGAUAAACUCUUUUAAAAUCGUUCGGUUCAUCUUAGAUGUUCGAAGCAUAUUAAGAGCCUUUCAAACCCCUCGAUUGAGAGAAGAGGUUAUAAGUCGUGGGGGUGUCGAAAUUGAAGUAGCAGACGAUGAGGCAUCCAUCGUUUCACUUAAAGACAUGUUCACGAAUUGUUUGAAAAAUCAAAGCAUCUUUCAUGACAUUGUGAGCGAAAAUGUAUUCAAUGUACCGGAAAACGCGCUUGAGAUUUUGUCUUCAAUGUCUGCCACUUCAUUUGAGGAAGAGUUACAAAAAUUUAUUGUUGUAAGUGAGCAUUUUAAUUACCUUAACUCCGAAUGUCAACGUCCAUCUUCAACGAUGUGUGACAUGAUUGAGCGAUGGCUACAAAUGGAAUCACUGCUCAGUGAAAAUGGCAGAUUAGCUACAAUCAAAAAUCAAAUUCCUACUAUUCUGUCCCCGACAUCAAUAGUAGCAAAUAACUUUCAUCCGGCUUAUAGAGGAUUGACAUUUGCAAAUAAUGCAGAACGAAAUGUGAUGGUCCUCGAAUACUUGUUGACGAUCUUGGAUGAUCAAGGACUCGAUGAGUUUUAUGAAUUUUCCAACAAAAAGGGACUUUUCGAAAAACUCGAAGCACGUCAAAUCAAAGAUGCAGAAAUAUAUUGGGAUUUCGCCCAAAAAAAGUAUCCAACGCUCGCCAAUAUUGCAAAAAAAUUAAUAAGAGUACCGGCCUCAGUAGUCAAGUUAAAAUUACAGUCAAUUAGUGGCAAUGAUAUCGAGAAGGAUAAUAUGAUGGUUGAGCUCUAUUAUCGAUUAAAACUUCAAGACGAUAAUAUAACGGAUAAAUAUUAGAUAAUAAGAGAUUGUUGGAAAAUAUGAAUUUAUGAAAAAAUUUGAGCCACAAAAAUAUGGGAUGCUUUCUCUUAAGCUGUCGUACUUUAACUUAUUAUUCGAGUAACUGAAACGCAGCUAGUUAGUCGUAUAAAAUCGAAAGUGAAUAAAAUUAAAAUAAUAGCAGUUUCUGCUCCAGUCGAAAGAAUGAAAUCAUCGUGAAAAUGGUGAUAAUAUGAAUUUUGACAAAUAAUUGAUUGGUUGUCACAAGUCACAAUGUUAUAUAUAAAUAAUGAAUAUGAAAUUAGAUAAAAUGGAACUAGUUAUAGUCUUUUUUAAUCAAAAGUGAGAGAAAUUAAAACAAUAGCGCUUCUUGUUUCAGUUGUAAAAAUGAAAUCACAGCCAAAUAAUAGUCAAAUAAUGGUAACAAUAUGAAUUCUGACAUGACUAUUUGAUUGAUCGUUGAAACGUUGUAUAUGAAGAAUGAAUAUGAAAUUAGAUAAUAGUUUCCAUUACAAGUAGAUAAAACUUGAAUUGCACAUGUUCCUGCAUCAGUUAUGAUGAAAUUACUGCUAAUUAAUGGCAACUGGCAGAAACGUUAAUUACGAUAUUGAAAAUAUCGAUCUCUACUUUUAUUGACUGAAAUUCGUGUGAAAUCGUUGUUGAUAAACGGCGAAAACAUCGGUCUCCAUGUUUAUUGACCAAAAUUUGCGUGAAGCCGUUGUUGAUAAACGGUGUACAUAUAUAACAAAACGAAUGUAAAACUAGUAUCGAAACAAAUAUUGAAUACAUCGGAAAUACAUCGCUGAUCUCAUUAUUGUUUAAUGCUUAACAGAUAGACAAAAAUUAAUAAAAAUUUCAAGUUUUCUGUUAUUGUCGUUAGAAGCUGUAUUCAAAUUAAUUCGUUUUUAAGUAACAAAUAUCUAGAGCCUUAAAAUGUUGCUUCGCGUAACAUUAUUAUUUUCUGUUGACAAAAAUAAAAUACUAUAGUACCUCACAUUUAUGACUUUUAAAUUAGUCUAAACUGUUUCGUAUUUUUGUAAGGAAAAAAUCGAAAGGAAUAUGUUGGGUUAAUAAAUUCACAAAAACU